GAUGAGCAAGUCAUCGUUAUCAGUUCGAAUCCUUCUUUGGUAAGAGCAGUUAGACAAAUCAAAAUGAAAUUCGCUAUUGUCCUCCUCGCCGUUUUGGCUGCCGCCGUAGCUGUACCAUUGGAAGACCCACGUGUCGCCCAAAUUGUCCGCUAUGAGAGCGAUAACAUUGGUACUGAUGGAUACAAAUUCGCCUACGAAACCAGCGAUGGAACCGCCCGCCAAGAAGCCGGUGAAGUCAAGAACCUCGGUACUGAACAAGAAGCUAUCGCUGUCCGUGGAAGCAUCAGCUGGGUUGACAAGGACGGACAAAAGUACUCCCUUAGCUUCGUAGCUGAUGAAAACGGUUUCCAACCAGAAGGCGCUCACUUGCCACAUGCUUAAUUUUUUUGUUUAAUUUUUAAGUGUUGUUAACCGAUGAUGUUUUAAUAAAUUUGUCUAAUCUAAA